AUUGCAGGAUUCCAACACCUUUCUUCAUCUUGACAUCCUCGUUGCCGCAAAUACGAUUGCUCCGCUGCAACCUGUGCGCAUAGCAGGGGCACGGACGGACCCAGCAUCUCCAGACGAAGGCGGUGUUUUGGCACAAGUGUGACGUUUUAAGGCAGGUCCCGGCCACAGCUACCAAUGAUACAAGUCGCUCCUAUUCCGCCGGGCUGGUCGCAAUGAACGGGCGUCGGAGCAGUGCACGGCAAAGGAGCAAGCGCAGCGAGACUGAUCGGCCAUCAAGGGGAUGCGGCAUCGGUACGCGGGAGCUGUCUAUCAGCACCAGAUCCCCCAGCAAAAGCGAGCGAGCGGGGAGCCAGCAGACGCGCCUGUUUUCAGCCUGCCGCCCCCGCCCUCUUCUUCUUCUCACCACCGAGACCGCGCUUCGACGACCGACGCUCACCGCCGGAGCCUCCAGGAGCUCCCGUGCGUGAGCCAGCCGCAAGGUGGGGACACGCCACCGUCGGCGGGCUCCUGCAACACCGACGGCGGCGUUACCGGCGCGCCGGCCACCCCCCAGCAGGAUCCCUGGGCCCCGGCCGCGGUUUUUCCGAGCUGCCACUGCAGCUUUUCCACGCAGGAGGCGAACCAUUCACAAAACCAGCAGCACCAUCGCGUCGCACCACCGCAGCCCUCCCCACCUUUCCCCCCGCCUAUACCGCCGCCGCCGACCUCCUCCUCCUCCUCCUCCUCCUCCUCCUCCUCCUCCUCCUCCUCACUGCUGUUUUCUCGGGAAUCCAAACGAGGGGAUCGUCUGGGAAGGAGUGCCAAUAAUCACCAACAGGCGAGCAUCGUGGAACGCUGCAGGGGGGGAGGAGGAGCAGGAGGGCAACGAGACUACAGGCAGUUGCAGCAGCAGCAGCAGCAGCAGCGGCAGCAGCAGCAGCAGCAGCAGCAGCACUGUCAUCCAAGACUCCCAGCGAGGAACUCCUCCCCUGAAAGAAUCGCUGCAAACUCACAGAAAAGGUGCACUGACAGACGAGCAUUCGAGCCUCGGGCGCAGGAGCAACAGAUUCCUCAAUUAAGAGCGCGGCAGCAGCUCCUGGUGCGGAGCAGCUUGCCUGUCAACCACUGCGCCAGCGGCUCCGGUGAGCUAUGUAGGACUCACCAGUCUCCACUGUUGCAUCAACAGCAGCAGCAGCAGAACAACGCACCGGGGCAGCACUGUGAAGCCCGAGAGCGCAAUAAGUGCGCGAGGACCCCCGCGCCGGGCGACCCGCAGGCGCAGCCGCACAGCGCAACGCCCCCGGCGACACAGCAGGCGUACGCGGCCAAGUCGAGCGCGACUGCAGGCGGCAGCAGCGGCAGAGAGAGCCCCAACUACGGCUCCAGCUAUCACCUGUGGCCCGAGAGCCCGCAUAAGCCGGGAGAGGAGAGGAUACGCAUCGAGCUCCACAAGGCCACAACUGAGAAGAAGAAGCUGAGCCAUGCUGGAUCCAAGCCCUCCCUCUCCGAGAGCAGCGGCCGACUCCCUCAGAUAGCCAUGAACACCUGCAAGUACAAUGGCGGCGUGGGGAGACCACUCGUGGGCAGUCUGGCGUCCUCGUCGCGCCGCAACCUCGCAGAGCUCGACUCGGAAACGCAGCCCCUGCAGACGCUGCACAGCUCUGGCCUGGAGGUGGUGGUGUCCAAGGGUAAUGGCGGCGAAGACCCCAGUAAGGCGUCCAAUGAGAGCCUGGUCAGGGAGGGCAGUGGGCGUGGCAGAGGCAGGGCGCCCCAGAAGAAAAACAGGGACAUUGGCUACAAGCUCGGCCACCGGAGGGCACUGUUCGAGAAGCGAAAGCGGCUCAGCGACUACGCGCUCAUCUUUGGAAUGUUUGGGAUUGUUGUCAUGGUGACGGAGACUGAACUGUCAUGGGGGGUUUACACUAAGGAAUCUUCAUACUCAUUUGCACUGAAAUGCCUUAUCAGCCUUUCCACUGUUAUACUGCUUGGUCUUAUAAUAAUGUACCACGCACGGGAAAUCCAGCUGUUUAUGGUCGACAACGGUGCAGAUGACUGGAGGAUAGCCAUGACCUAUGAGCGGAUCUUCUUCAUCGUGCUGGAGCUGCUGGUGUGUGCCAUCCAUCCCAUCCCCGGCCAGUACGUCUUCACGUGGAAGGCCCGGCUUGCUUUUACGUACACGCCAUCCGUGGCGGAUGCCGACGUGGACAUCAUCCUCUCCAUCCCCAUGUUCCUGAGACUCUACCUGAUUGGCAGGGUCAUGCUACUUCACAGCAAGCUGUUCACAGACGCUUCGUCUCGCAGCAUCGGCGCCCUCAACAAGAUCAACUUCAACACACGCUUUGUCAUGAAAACGCUCAUGACCAUCUGCCCAGGAACAGUUCUGCUGGUGUUCAGUAUAUCGUCCUGGAUCAUUGCUGCAUGGACUGUGCGCGUCUGCGAGAGGUAUCAUGACAAACAGGAAGUGACCAGUAACUUUCUGGGAGCUAUGUGGCUCAUCUCAAUUACCUUCCUCUCCAUUGGCUACGGGGACAUGGUACCACACACGUACUGUGGGAAAGGCGUGUGUCUGCUUACAGGGAUUAUGGGAGCUGGCUGCACUGCACUUGUGGUUGCAGUGGUGGCCAGGAAGCUGGAGCUGACCAAGGCAGAGAAGCAUGUCCACAACUUCAUGAUGGAUACACAACUCUGCAAACGAGUGAAGAACACAGCUGCCAAUGUACUCAGGGAAACAUGGCUCAUCUACAAACACACCAAGUUGGUCAAGAAGAUUGAUCACGCCAAGGUGCGGAAACACCAACGCAAGUUUCUCCAAGCCAUUCACCAACUCCGCAGUGUGAAGAUGGAGCAGAGGAAGCUCAAUGAUCAGGCCAACACAUUGGUGGACCUGGCGAAGACCCAGAAUGUGAUGUAUGACCUGGUGUCAGAACUCCAGGAGCGCAGUGAGGAGCUGGACAAGCGAAUCGGCACACUGGAGGACAAACUGGACUCGGUGACGGGCAGCCUGCAGGCGCUGCCCUGCCUCAUCUCCCAAGCCAUAACCCAGCAGCAGCAGGACUUCCUGGACGGCUUUGUUCACCGCUUCCGGCCCGCGUCGCUAGCCUCGGAGCGCUCCGAACGCUCCGAGCGAUCCUGGACGUCCACUACCCGCAGGCGGCGCUCGCCGUCCACUGCACCACACACCUCCUCCGACAGUGGAUAACCUCCAAGACGCACCUUUCCAAAAUCCAUCUCAUCACUUCAUUCUUCUGCUUCUCAAAGAGUCCAUCACUGGACUGAUGAUGAGCCCAUAUCUUGACCUCGCUCUACCCCCAAAACCCUCUCUACCCUCUUAACACCAAUGAGAUCCAAAAACCAAUUUCUCUCCCCCUGUGACUGAGUGUUUCAGCACAGGAUUGGAUUAGAGCAACUCCCAGCAGAGGGAAAAAAAUAAAAAUAAAAAUUAAAAAAAAUAAAAGAAAUCCAGAAAAAAUAAAAAUGCAUCUGAAAAACAAAAAAAGAAACAAAAGAAAAAGACUGAAAAACCGAGAUAAAGUAGAGAUAUGGUUUAUGUUUUAGCCAUUGUAUGGCUGUUCAAGUUAGCUUUUUUGUAAAAGCCCUUAAAAAUUGAGUUCAGGGUCGCUGGGGUGAGAGCUGGCUGUCACACCGGAGAGUCCUUAACCACCAGGGGGGAUCAGUGUGGCCUACCUGUCGGAGGGCGUCUGCUGGUAUCUGGUGAGGAGGGUGAGACAACAUUUUGGAUUUCCCUUUCAAAAGACUCGUGUCAUGGAUUCUUUCCCGUAGGUUAGGGCAAAAGCUGUCGGUGAGGCUGAACGUGCGGACUGGAGGUCAGUCAGUGUUGGAGACUGCACUAAAGCGGAGAGGAGAAAAGUGUUUGCACACAAGCGGAGAAAAGGGGGAUGGUAUGGCAUUACUACUGGGUAGGAAAAAUUUACACUAUUGCCAACUUCAAGGUUUCAGCUUCCUUGUUCUUAAGAAAAAAUGAGAGCGACUAUCUUUUUUAGUUACAUAUUGACGUGAUUUUUCAGUGCCUGAAUGUAUAAAUAGUAGAGGGUUAUUUAAUUACUAAUUUCAGAGCUUUUUUACGAUGUUAACAGUCUGACUACAGCAUUGCAUUCCCUUUUCAGAUACAUUCCUCUCCAAAUUUCAAAAGAAAACAUCUUAAAAUGAUGCAUAACAUUGCCUCCAUUAAGCAACCUUGUUUUGAAAACCUUUUUCUUUUCUAUUUAUACUAACACCGUGUAGGGGGGGGGAAUGUUCAGAGAGCGAGCGAACGUGUGUUUUAUGUGUGUUUGUAUGACUAUGUGUUCACUUUUUGGCUUGAUGCUGCACACCCAUACACAACAGUGGGAAAAUGUAGUGUACCUUCCACAGCACCACUAAUUAGAGCACCCUGUGCUCGCCAGAUAAUGGCAUGUCUUGAGGGCUGCUGGUGUAAAUGGGUUAAAGUGAGAAAGGAAGAAAAAAAAAACAUCCUGUCCCCAUGCAUGGUUCUGUGCAAAAAUGACAGAAGAACGUAUUGUUCCUUGGAUGGCUUGCUGAACUUAGAAGAUUUGGAUUUUUAAUCAUGUCCACUAUUUGACUGUUUUUUGUUUGUUUGUUUUUUUUGUCACCUUUCUGUUUUUUUCCACUGAAAUUUCCUUUUUAUAGCACCUAGAGAGUUGCAGUAAAUGUGAUUCUGUAAUGCAGUCCCUGUUUAAAAUUAUGAGGCGAAGGAAAACCAUGAUUACAAAAAAACAGUUCUGAAAGGAAGCAAAUAAAAGUGCUGAAAAAACUUUGAUGGGUACAGAACACUGAAUUGGUCCCACUGCAAUUUUAAAGAAAAAUAUUCUAAACAAACCUGCGCUGUUUUGCUGGGAAUUCAAAUGAGUACAUUGACACCAACUAAGAAAUGAGAGCUUAGCACUGAUAAGUUUAAAACAUCCACCUUGUAUAAAUUUAGAGAAAAAAAAACAAUUAUUAUUAUUUUAUAUUUCAAAAAACAAGACCAUAUUUUAAGAGUGGCAAGUAUGAGUCUAUUUGCAUUUCUCGACCAAGCGCUGUCAAGUAUUGGGAGUCUUCCUGGUUGCCUAGCUACCACACAGUCAUGUAAGAAAGGAUUCCCAUUGGAAUGAAUGAAAUCAACAAGAGGAAAUUAGUGUGGUAGUACAAGACAAGUCUCCAACAUCUGUUGUUUUAUUUAUCAAGUCAAAACAAAUUUUUAAUAUUGCUCAGUGGCACACUGCUGUUUUUAAAAUCCUUCAAAAAUGUUUACUGCAAUUGAAGUUACUUUAAAAGGCAUGGUGUGAUGCAACUUAAAUUUGGAAUGAGUAGUUUUCUAGUGAAAACAAUUAUAGGAAUUUUAGUAAUGUUUUCUAGUGCACAUAGAAUAGAACCUUCAAAGUUGAACACAAUAUGUUCUGUUGACUUCCAAGUACUGUAGUUGUCAUUGUAAUGUAACCCUUAUGAGGUGACAAAGGGGUGGAAAAUUAUCUUUACUAUACUAUCUUUCCAGAAGGUUUCUGGAAAAUUUCCAUGGGAAGUUAAGAUGGGGAAUUUUGGAAAUAUUCAAAAUUAGAAACUUUCCAUGGGGAUAAACUUUUUUUUUUUUUUUUUUGGGUCAUCAGUAGGCAUUCAUGCAAAAUAGGUAGCUCUCCUUGCCCACAUGUUAGGGAAUUAUAGUAACUUAAUUGCUUAAUUUUCUCCCCCCUUAACUCAAGUAGCGGCAUAUCUGUAGCUUGCUGGUAUUUAACAUUUUGGUGCGCAACACAAAGUAAAAAAAUUAAAAUUGACCAAGCGACGGCUCGUAACUCAAAAAACACAUAAAUUGGGGCACUCAAGGUACCACUGUACUUUUCUUGUUUUCGUCAGGCUUAUGCGCAAAUACUUGUAUUUUCCCCAAAUAUAUUAAAGUUUUGUAUUCGCAGCCAACAUUCAAAGUUGUACAUCUCUGGUUUAUUUCUGUUUAAUAUAAUGCAUUCACAUUAAUUCCCAUGGAAAGUUUCCAACUUUGAAAUUAACAACCUAAGUGAUGACAUCACACAUCACACAUCUUUUCGCUGCUCACCUAGCUGAAUCCUCACGUGACAAAACAAAUCACGAUGGCUUGAAGGCCAAAUUUUUUUUUUUUGGGUUGACCCCCAAAUUGUGCCAAUUAUAGGGUGUUCAACUUUGGAUAUUCUACUUAUUUGAAGAGCCAGUAGAGAGAGAGAGUUAGUUGGUUGGGGGCAAGCAUGCUGUCCUUUGAAUGCUAGUGCAUCUUAAAAAAAGGACUUUACUAUUAAGAUUAUCGGUGUGGCAUUUCAGCUCAUCAUUUAUUAUUUUGUGAAUUUUAUUUGGGCCAUGUUUGGGCGGUACCCCACCUCAGUUUAGUCCAGUGAGUCAUGUUGGACCCACCAUUCAUUUAAGAACAUAUUCAGUCCUCUUUGAGUGCAACGUAAUUAAGCAUGAAUAUUUGCUUUUUUUCUGCCCCCCGUUCAGUUGAUGAAGCAUGACUCUUUCCUGUGCCCACCUCGAGCCCCCAUCUUCUACAGUGCUACCCUCCUCUGCCCCAUUCCGUAUGAAAGGAUCCAUCCCGUCAUUACGGCCUCCUUUUUCAAUCAAUGUCAUCCAAUUACUUAUGACGGCUAAUGGCAGGCGGCUUGAUGCGACCUAGUUUGUCUGUUCAUGUCUCAUGGUUCAAUCUCUUUAUUAUGUCGUGAGGUUUAGGCUCGUGUUUGUCAUCUUUCAUCAUUAGGAAUAUGAGUCACACAAAGAGGCUUCCAAAAUGGCCUAUGGCAAAAACCUUGAAUAUAAAAAAAUAACUACAACAGCAGGGUAACACUCGGGUCGUGCUUGGUGAGUGUGUAAUAUUUGGUUACACAGGGUAGGAUGGUCUGAUGGUGUCAUCACACUGAAUAAAGAAUACAUAGAGCUGAGACAUGAUUCAUAAUUUGCACGGCAGAAGAGGGCAGGUUUUAAAUUUGACUAAUACAAAAUAAUAGCUAAAAACAAAUGUGGAAUUUCGGAACAUUUUCCAUUUUAAACAUUUAUAUGUGCAUAUCAAUACAUUUGAAUAUUAGAGAAGCUCAUUUCAUUCACAGUAUUUGAAACUCAUGUACUAUAUAGAUUCAUUAAACACACAGGCCAAUGCUUACCUAAUUUCCAUAUUAAAAAUCAUUUUGAUUGUUUUUUCUUGAGAUUAGCUAAAAUUAUAAAAAUCAUGGAAUAUUUCACUUUGCGCGUAAUGAAUACAUAUCAUAUAUGAGUUUCACUUUUUCAAUUGAUAUACUGAAAUAAAUUGUUUUCCACAAUUUUACAAUGUAUUGAUCUACUGAUGAAAGUACAAGCCAGGUUCUGUUGUGUUGCACUCUUCACUUUGUUACAUACAUUGGGUAUAAAAUGUUUACACACCCAUGUCAAAACGCCAGCUUUUUGUAAUAUUAACGAUGAAACAAAGAUUAUUUCUUUCAAAAUGUCAUUCUUAAUUUCAUUAUUUUUCCACAAUUACUGUGGCCUAUAACCUGUACAACAAUUUUUAAAAAUGACAUACUGAGAUAAUGCGGUUGCACAACUCUGCACACCCUCACAACUGGGGCUGUGAGUGUGUUCAGAACAAACCAAUCACAUUCAAAGUCAUGUUUAGUGGAAGUCAGCACACCUGUCACCAUUUAGUGCACAAGUCCUUCUGAUGAACUCUAAGUUCAGAUGUUCUUGUAGGCUUUUCCUGACACCUUUUUUAGGCCUGAAGCUUUUGUGCUCAAUCUGGCUGCUAUUUAGAACUGUUUAUAAUUACCUCCACCUUGACAAAGGCCCCAGUUCCGGCUGGAAAAAAAAUUAAAAUAAAAAUAAAUAAAUAAAAACAGCCCUAAAGUAUAAUGCUGCCGCCACCAUGCUUUAUUGUAUGUAUGGCGUUCGUUUGGUGAUGAGCAGUGUUGUGUUUGCGCCAAUUACCUGUAUGGCCAAAAAGUUCGGAGCAGAACACAUUUUCCCACAUGUUUAGGAGAUUUCAAUUGUGUUUUCUUUUCUCUGUAAGAUAAGGCUCAUGUCUUGCCACACUACCACAUAGCUGAGACAUAUGAAGAAGAUGGAGGACUGUUGCCACUUACUGUGCUUGUCAGAAAUUCCCGCAGCUCCUUCAAUGUUGCCAUCGGCCUCUUGGCAACCUCUCUCACCAGUUUUCCUCUCGUCUGUCAAUUUGGGAGGCAUGUCGAGUUCUUGGUAGUCUCACAUGACCAUCUUUACUGUGUUCCAUGGUAUACACUAUUUAAUGACUUUGAAAUUCUUUUGUACUGUUCUCCUGAUUGAUACCUUUGAACAAUGGCAUCCUUCUGAUGCUGUGGAAGCUCUCAGGGGAACAUAGCUUGUGCUGUAAGAUGUGAUUUCAAGAAUGUCUGGAAAAGCCUACUAGAACCACUGAACUUUAUUUGGGGUUAAUUAGAGGCACUUUAUUUAACCUUUGGCAGGUGUGUGCUGACUCCCAUUUAACAUUAGUUUGAAUGUGAUUUGUUAAUUCUCAACACAGCCACAUCCCAAAGGGUGUGCACACUUAACCAACCACAUUAUCUAUGUUCACCCCCCCCCCCCCCCCCCCCCCCCACUCAAACAGAUGUAUUUUUUCCAUUUGAGUAUUACAGGUGAUAGUUCACAUUAAUGGUGGUUUUUGAAAUAAUUUAUCUUGGUCUAAUUUUUUUAUAUCACAGAAACGUGGCAUUUGAACAGGGGUGUGUAGACUUUUGAUAUCUACCCUAUGACAUACAAAGGCCUGCCAAACGCUAUUUCAAAAUUGUAUAGCUGGCCAAUUUUCUCUUCUUGAAAACAGCAAACAUUUUUUUAGUGAAGUUGAUGGGCUUGUUUUAUGGUAUUUUGAUGGUAUUAGAUAAGAUAUCCCAGUCUUUUAUCACCCUGAGAAGAAAGCAACACACCUCUAUUGAACAAUAACCCUCCCCAAAAUGAAAUGUAACCCAUCUAUUGUUCUGUGUACAUUGCCUCCUGAUGCAUAAUGUACGUGGUAGCACUGGAAUAAAUCAAUGUUCAAUGAUGGCAAAAGGGUUGAACAUGUUCUCUGUAUGCACUGUGCUCAUUUUUAAUUUCGCAGCUCAACUGUUGUCCUAGCAAGGAGAGACACCAAGCUCAUAACAUUAAAGACUUUCCCCAUUGA